CAAGAAGUAAGAAGGCGUGAACUCGCUUGUUGUCUGUUGACGACAACAACAACAACAACAACAGCAGCAGAAGUCUCAGGAGGAAUAAAGGUAUGGGCACUGUUACCAGCAAAUGUGUUGGUGAUGCUGAAGGGGUGGGAGUUGAGGAUUGUGGGAGUGGCCAGGAGGGUGACAAAGAACCUUUAAUCAGCAAAGAUGACGUGAGAAGGCGGAGUUCGAGCAGACCAUCCAGCUCAGUGAACACGGUGCAUUGUCCCACCUGUCAGGGAACGGGUUGGAUACCCAGAGGUCAGGAGAGCAAACUGGUGGCUGUUAUCCCUUGUAAUGACCAGAGGCUAAAACCCCGACACACGAAGUUGUAUGUUUUGCUGUCUGUGGCUUUGUGCCUGUUGGCCAGCUCUCUGGUGUUGUUCUUCCUGUUUCCACGCUCAGUCACGCUGUCUCCGGUAUCUGUCAAGUCAUCGUUAGUUAACUUCACCAACGAUUCUGUUAAUGUGAACAUUACGAAUGUUUUGAACAUCACCAAUAACAACUUUGUCCGGGUGCAGACCCACAACCUGACUGUUCAGGCUCUGAACAUUGAUGUGGUUGUGGGAACCAUUUCCAUUAAGAACGUCACCAUCGUUGAACCCCUCUCCAGCAAAAUGUAUACGUUUAUGGUCCCCAUCACGCUGACAGACCUGGGACUUUAUAACUACUGCAGGAGCUCAAAGUAUCGGGUCCACACUCUGUUUCUGCACCUUCAGAUGGCGUUGAAGGUUUAUUACCUGGCCCGCUACGAGCAGCUCUCUAUGGAUGCAUACGAGUACAUCGACUGUGGCUCAAACAACACUCUGCCGCACAGCCUGCAGCUGCCGCCCACAUGACUGGAGGGAGCAGCGUGCUGGUUUUCCUGAAUCUCCCACAAAACAUCAUGUGAUCAGAGCCUCGUUCUGUGUGGACGGUGGAUGGCGACACAGCUGACGGCACUCGUUGCAGCGUAAACAUCCUCCUAGGCUUUGAACAGAAACCUGAAUGAUGACUCCACCCCCAGUAUAAUUGUUUUAAUUAAUUAGUCCUGAAAUGCCAGUAAAAACAUUUUGCCUUAAAUAUAGGUUGUUUAAAUCCGGUUUUCUGUUCAGUUACAGCUGUUAACAUUGUUCAGGAAAUGCCUCUAAACCUGUUUCAAGGCAAAUCAAAACAUUUUAAAACUACCUCUGAGGUAGAACACUUUAAACCAGAUUAACGGCAAACCUGUAUAAAAAGAGUUUAACGUUAAUUUAAACUAAUAUAUCUGGAUUAAAGGUGUUUAAAAAUUUUUUUGUUUUUACUGUCCGAGUCACAUUAUUAGCACUGCAGAUAUUUAGAUUAGUGAAUCUCAGAAUAUGAACAAAUCCUCUUAACUUGAUUAAAUGAUUCAUUAUUUAUUGGAAUAAUUGUUGAUUAAUUGACAUUGAUUUCCGGUUGCUUAUAGCAGAGUUUCAGAUAAAUAAUUUAGGUUUUGAGAUGUAUGAAAACA